AAUAUUGUAAUGAAUAGGAACACGCUCAAUCAGCUGUCUGUCACGUCACGCGCGUCACUUAUGACAGUUGUCAAACACGAAAAGGGGUUAUGUUUGGAUAACGCUUAAAAUCUCAUUUUACAUAACAUGGUGCGGUUAACGACCACGAUUAUACGAUUAUAAACGAGAAAUGACUUGAACCUAUACUGCAACGCCCGUAGUUUGUGAAUAAACCGUCUAAGAGUGCAGCUGUUAUGACAUUUCAGUCUAUUCUCGGAGUCGAGCUAUUUAGGCCGAAUUCUGAUCAAAGGUUAAGGUUUUAUGUUCGUUAGAAGACGGUGCAGUGUAGGCUGACCUCUCUGUGAGAUAGAGAUCCUAUUAUGGACGAACUGAAGCACAGAGCUGGCGAGAAACUUGAAGCACUACAUAUAGCAGCAAAAACAGCAGCAGAUGGAGGAAAGUCCCGAAUCAAUGAUGUCGUCUCGACUACCAGUGAGACUAUCAGGAAGCUCCGUGAAGCGUUCCAAGAGCUUUGGCAGAACGAACUCUUCAUGGAGUCCCGGCUGCGAGUGGCGGCAUGGACCCGGGACGCGGUGCAGAGGAUACGGGAGGGCACGCCGCCGCUCUCGCCCGUGCUUCUGUAUGAGGAGCUGGUCGCACUGUUCAAGGAUAGAGUGUGGCGUCGCAGCGUCCUGAUAUUUGCCUGCGGUGCGGCCAUAGGCGGCGGGGCGGGGCUAUGCGUAGGGCUGAGGGCAGCGAGUCGCGCGCCGGCCGGGCCGCACGCUCGAGCGUUACACUCGCACGCAGACCAGUCUGUUAUAUUGGUGGAGGAUGCUAUUGCGCCAGGUGCGGGCUCAGGCGAAGUUCUAAUCCGCGUGCAAGCAUUCAGCGUGUGCCCGGUGGACAGAGGAGUUUUACGCGGGAGAGGAUCGGCGCUGCGUUCGCUUAUUGCUAGAACACAGCUAACAGUGGGCCGGGGGUUCACAGGCGUGGUGUUAGACGUGGGCCCAGGCGUGGGCGACCUGGAGAUGGGCGAUGAAGUGUGGGGCUGCGUCAGCGAAUGGGCCGGCGGCGCCGCCAGCGAGCUACUGACUGUGCGCAGUACUCGCGUAUCCAAGCGGCCGCGCAGCGUGUCUGCCGACGGCGCGGCCACAUUGCCUUGGGCGGGCUCGCAAGCGCUGGCAGCGUUGGAAGCGCUGCAACUCACACCCGACACCGCUAAAGGCAAGCGCGUGGCGAUAUGCGGCGCGGCAAGCGGCGAGGGUUGCGUGUUGAUCCAAUUACUCAGCGCUUGGGGAGCGCAUCUCACUGUGUUAGCACCCAGACACACUGCCUUGACGCUACAGGAUUUAGGCGCGCAAGACUUCGUAGACAUGGACGAGCACGGUUCGUGCUGGCAGGCGUUAGAGCACGUAGCUGCACGCGCCGGGCCCUGGCACGCGGCGUUAGCGUGCCCGGGCGCGUUAGCCGCCGCCGCUUACCCAAGCAACGUCGCUGCUUUACUCAACCUUGUUCACUAUCGUGAAGUAUCGGCUGCAUUACGUCGCGUCAAUACCAUAGACAUAGGAUAUGAACGAGCACGGUUCGUGCUGGCGCAAGCGUUAGAACAUGACGCGUUAGCCGCCGCCGCUUAUCCAAGCAACGUUGCUGCUUUACUCAAAGCGACGGCACCCCGUAACGCGAUAGUAGACCUCCGGCCGCGGCCUCUGAUCUCGGACCGGCUGCCCGGGCCAUUGUCAUUGCUGUUUGCUGCCUCUUUCUACUCGCUUAGGGUAGUCAGGUGGAUAUGCGGUAAAGGCACGCACACGGACUGGCUGGAGUCCCCGCACCGGCUCACUGGCGGGCUAGAAGAGUUGGCGCAACUAGUCGACGCGGGCACUCUCGCGCCUGUACUGGACAAGGUGUACAUCCCGCAAGACUUCGAGAAUGCUUUGGCGCAUGCGUGCAGUGAGGACGCCAUCGGAACCACCGUCAUACGCUUCCCGUAACAGUAACAGGUAGCGGAACUAGUACAUAAUAUCACGGAACUGGUAUCGAAUACUAGGUUGUUAUGGUAUCAUACGCUUCCCAUAACAGGUAGCGGAACUAAAGUACGACCAACUAGCAGCGAUAAAAAAGGUCGAUACGACUGUCAAGUUGACAAUAUAUUGUCUCUUCCCAUCUUGUGUAUUUGUCGUAAUGUCUCG